GCGAGUCGGCCCAGUCUGGAGGUGAGUCGGGGCGGGGAGGGCUGGGCAGGCUUUGUUCCUGUGUAAACGGAGAGCACAUACCUGGAGCGCUGCUGGCGCCCGAUAAGCGCCCGGAACCGAGGUGAUGUAACGGUGAUGUCGGCGCCAGUCCACUCUCACCGACGUCCAGGUGCCUUGCCUGGGGACAGGCCCGCGCGAGAGCGAGCGACCCUGCGCGCCCGGCUCUGCCCUGGUUCCGGGGAGAGGCAGGCCCUGCGCCCCGGCCCGGGCCCCGCCACCCCAGCCAGGACCCCGCCUGGCUCCGCGCCCCGCGCCGAAUCCCACCCACCCCAGCCCGCGGAGUUGGCCCCAAACGCCGCGCCGGAACAGGGCCAGCGGCGCGUCCCAGGGACCCGACUGGAGCCUGGCCUGGGAGCCAGGAUGGCCAUCCACAAAGCCUUGGUGAUGUGCCUGGGACUGCCUCUCUUCCUGUUCCCAGGGGCCCGGGCCCAGGCCCAGGGCCAUGCUCCACCCGGCUGCAGCCCAGACCUCAACCCCCUCUAUUACAACCUGUGUGACCGAUCUGGGGCAUGGGGCAUCGUCCUGGAGGCGGUGGCUGGGGCAGGCGUCGUCACCACGUUUGUGCUCACCAUCAUCCUGGUGGCCAGCCUCCCUUUUGUGCAGGACGCCAAGAAGCGGAGCCUGCUGGGGACCCAAGUGUUCUUCCUGCUGGGGACCCUGGGCCUCUUCUGCCUCGUGUUUGCCUGUGUGGUGAAGCCCGACUUCUCCACCUGUGCCUCUCGGCGCUUCCUCUUUGGGGUCCUGUUCGCCAUCUGCUUCUCCUGUCUGGUGGCCCACGUCUUUGCCCUCAACUUCCUGGCCCAGAAGAACCAUGGGCCCCGGGGCUGGGUGGUCUUCACUGUGGCUCUGCUGCUAACCCUGGUGGAAGUCAUCAUCAACACGGAGUGGCUGAUCAUCACCCUGGUUCGGGGCAGUGGCGAGGGCGGCCCUCAGGGCAACAGCAGUGCCUACUGGGCCGUGGCUUCCCCCUGCGCCAUCGCCAACAUGGACUUCGUCAUGGCGCUCAUCUAUGUCAUGCUGCUGCUGCUGGCUGCCUUCCUGGGAACCUGGCCUGCUCUGUGUGGCCGCUUCAAGCGCUGGCGUAAGCACGGAGUCUUCGUGCUGCUCACCACGGCCACCUCCAUGGCCAUCUGGGUGGUGUGGAUUGUCAUGUAUACCUACGGCAACAGGCAGCGCAACAGCCCCACCUGGGAUGACCCCACGCUGGCCAUCGCCCUCGCCGCCAACGCCUGGGCCUUCAUCCUCUUCUAUGUCAUCCCCGAGGUUUCCCAGGUGACCAAGGCCAGCCCAGAGCAAAGCUACCAGGGGGACAUGUACCCCACCCGGGGCGUGGGCUAUGAGACUAUCCUGAAAGAGCAGAAGGGUCAGAGCAUGUUCGUGGAGAACAAGGCCUUUUCCAUGGAUGAGCCAGCGGCAGCUAAGAGGCCAGUGUCACCAUACAGCGGGUACAACGGGCAGCUGCUGACCAGUGUGUACCAGCCCACCGAGAUGGCCCUGAUGCACAAAGGCCCGUCCGAAGGAGCUUACGAUGUCAUCCUCCCACGGGCCACCGCCAACAGCCAGGUGAUGGGCAGUGCCAACUCGACCCUGCGGGCUGAAGACAUGUACUCAGCCCAGAGCCACCAGGCGGCCACGCCGCUGAAAGACGGCAAGAACUCUCAGGCUCAGUCCCUGCAAAGUAAAACGAGAUGGUAGAAGCCCUGUUCCCCGGAUUGCACGGCAUCCUGAUGUCCUCAUUCCUCUGUACCCAGGCUGGGCCCAGCACCUUUCCCGUCCUUGUCAUUGGAGCUGGGAGGGACCGGAGGCCACCGACCUGAAGCAGUGGACUGAGCGGGCCCCCGUGAAGCCCUGAGCAUGUGACUGGAGCGCCUAGGGCCCCUCUCUUUCCUGCCCAGCCCAUCUUCCUGGUCCCCAAGUGGCUGUGGCUACAGGGAGCUGUCUCCAAGGCUGCCUCCAGCUCCCCUCUUGACACCCUCCCUGAAUCAUGGCCCCUGUGUCCCUGAGCUGUGGUUCUCCAGAUGGCCGUCCUCCCCAUUGUGAAAGGCAGCAGGCCUCAGUGCCCCAUCUUUACUCUGGACCUUCCUGGCCUCGCCAUCUUGGUGUCUGGCAUUGGCUUGUCCCACCCUCUGCCUAGAUGGAUCUCCUCCAUGAGUCUUUGGAAACGAGCCGGGGCAGAAGUUGGCCCUUGCCCUUCUCACCAGGGCCUCCUGCCACCACCUGGACUGUGGAAGGCCACUGAGAUGGGGGUGGAACUCAGUCCGAGGCCUGGGCACACUGCUGCUCUCCACAGCCUGUGGGUCCCGGAUCUGAGCCCCUGGGGUGUUUCACUCGGGAGCCCCUGAGUCAUCUACUUCUUCCACGAAGUGGGUCCCACUAGCAAGUCGGGCCAGCCCUGCCUGCACUCUGCCCUCACUGCCCCUUGCCAUCUGGGAUGAGGAUGGCCAUGCUGGGAAGAGGCAGCUCUCUCCAUCCAGCACUACCUCAUGGAGAGCUCACUAAGGAUUUGGGAAUGGUGGGCCACCCUGGCAUCCGGGGUUCAAGGUGGCUCCCGUGGCAGGAACAGUUGUCAAUGGGCCUGAUUCCUGGGAUCUCACGGGUUCUGGGAAUGCAGCAGGGGCCUCCCGUGGCUAUUCCAACAUCUCCGGUCAGGGCCUAGAAGCACCCUUAGGACAUGCGGGGUCGGGGUCAAGACUGCCUUCUCAGGGACCAGUGGAGAGCCCUGGACCAGAUGAACUGGAGUCUAGGCCUCUCCCGUGACUGGGACUUGGAUGUGGUGAGGCCCGUGAGAUCCAGGACUAAAGAUGCUAUUUCCUGAUGGGCAGAUAUGUGAGUGGCAUCCUUAGGUAAGUGGGAACCAGGACUAAAGACUGCUCUUUCCUGAUGGGCAGAUGCUUUAAGUUUCUACCUCACCUUGGGCAGCACCUGGGUGUGCUGGCGCUGGCUCAUCACUGGAGGAGCCUCUUGUGUUCUGGGCCCUCAGACAUGCUCCAAAGGAUCCUGAUGGUCACCCAGGGAAGAGGGGGCCUUCUCAGGGCCUCCAUGGUGCUGGCACCAAGGACAGAGAUGGGUACAGCUCUAGGCUGGUGAAAAUGGGCUCUCUUGAGCAUCAUCUCCUGGGGUUUUUUCUGCCCCUGGUACCAGACAGAGCUGACUUAUCCAAGGUGGGCCCUGGAGCUGAGUCCUCAGCCCAGCAGCACCUCUGGGUGCUGGGGUGGAGGGUGUCAACCUAGCAGCAGCACCUCAGGGGAGGUACUCUGUAGCCAGUCCCACCGCUCUCCAGUGCUACCCCCAUCCCCAGCAGCCUGUGCCUUUGUCACUGGCAUAUUUUUCCAGAGCUAAAUUGGGCACGUGGUCCCUGCAGAGUAGGACUGCAGCCCUGGCUGUGGCCCCGAACUCUGUUGCUGGCUUGCUGAAGUCCAUGAUCGGAAUGUUAUUUCCCUCUGGUGGAAGGGAAGCGGGGAGUUCCGUGGACCUCAUACUGCUCUUGGUCUAGUUUAGCAGCCCUAAGAUCCCUUAGUGAAUCAAGGCACUUUCCUAGCUGAUAAUCUCUUUCUCCUUCCUUCCCUCCCUCCCUCCCCUCUCUCCCUCCCUCCCUUCCUUCCUUCCUGAUGGAGUUUCGCUCUUGUCGCCCAGGCUGGAGUGCAGUGGUGCAGUCUCGGCUCACUGCAACCUCUACCUCCUGGCUUCAAGCAAUUCUCCUGCCUCAGCCUCCAGAGUAGCUGGGAUUACAGGCACAAGCCACCACACCCAGCUAAUUUUUUACUUUUGGUAGAGACACGAUUUCUCCAUGUUGGUCAGGCUGGUCUCAAACUCUGACCUCAGGUGAUCCUCCCACCUGGGCCUCUCAAAGUGCUGGGAUUAUAGGCGUGAGCCACCGUGCCCGGCCUCUAGGUGAUAAUUUCAAAGGAGUCCCUGGCAGUGCCUGAUGCCCAGAGGCCGCAGUCUCCAGUGGUCAUGGUUUUGUAUAUAGCCUGAGUCCCCUGGGGGUCUGCUCAUGAGGCUCAGGGAGGGACAGGCUCCUGAAAGGUGCAGGCUGCCAGUAUUCAGGAGUCCCCUGCGGCCUGGGCCAAGUGGCAAAGAAGACAGAUGAGUUCUUAGGAGGAGAGAGGCAGCUUCUUGGGGUGAUCAAGCAGCAUCACAAGCCUUGAAUGGAGGAAACCUAGAAGAGGUAGAGCCUGUAGAUUCACCAUCAUCCAGCCCAGUGAGCAUGGGAAACCUCACACCCACCACUGUCACACCACGCAGCUUAAUGCCAAGGACUUUGGACUUCAUAACUGCUCAGAAUGAAAUGACCUUACCUCCGUGGGUGAGGGCUUGCUGCCACUGAAUUCCCGUGUGUUCAUAAAUUCUUCUGGGAUUUA